GUCACUUUGUUUUUAUUUGUUUUUAGGCGCUGCGCAAGCGUCACGACACGAAUUACUGGACGAAUGUGCUCUAAUAUAGCCAGCGCGUGUGCUGCGGUCGAAGAAACGAGAGCUUUUUGACGCAUUUGCGAGCAAUGGCAGAGCUCGCAGCGCCGUGGGCCUGUCCAGCCUGCACCUACCGCCACGAGGGAAGUGAAGCCGGCUUCUUGCAGUGCGCGAUGUGCGGCGGCAGCAAAGCCACCGAAACCGCCGCUCCGGCGCCGGCGGCGCGGCCCUCGCCGCCGAAGAGGCGCCCGUCGCCGUCGCCCAAGAAACCGGCGAAGCGGCGGCGCUCGUCAGUGUCGCCGCAAAAAGGCCCGACCAUCGCCGACUACUUCCGCCGCCCGCCCAAAGGCCCGCCGGACGAGGCAUCGGCCGCCGCGAUGGCGCCGGCGCCGGCGGCGUCGCCGCGCAGCGAACCGGUCGUCGUCGACCUCCGCGGGUCAAGCGACGACGAGGCGCCGCCGCCGCCGCAGCCGCGCCGGUACCGGCUCUCUCUCGGCGCCGCUGUCGAGCUCGUCGGUUUAUCAAACGCCGAGUUCAACGGGCGCCGCGGCGUCGUCGCGGCGCCGCCGGCGGAUCUCGCGGCCGGCCGCGUCGCUGUCACGGUCGACGGCCGGACGCUGGCGCUGAAGCGCGAGAACAUUGUCGCCGCGCGGUCGGCGUCGCCGCCGCGGGCCGCGCCGCCGCCGCCGCCGCCGCCGCCACAAACGCCGACCGUCGAGCCCUCAUCCGUCGACGACGCGCUCCCGGACUUCGACCCGGCGCGCGGCCUCGACGCCGUCUUAUCAGUAGAUGGCCGGCCCGCCUAUGCCAUCGUCGCGCGCGCACUGGACGCCGUCUCCGCGACGCGGAGCCGCUUGGCCAAGGAAAACGCUUUAACAAACGCCUUACGCUGGGGCCUGGCGGCGCCGACGACGAGCGCGCAAGACCUCGCGGCGCUGUGUUACCUCCUCGCUCCGACGCGCGACUCGCAAGGCGGCGGCCACCGUUUGGAGCCCGACUGGCAGCACGUGGCGCUCGGACUCCCUUCCAAGGCCAUAGCGGCGGGCUGCGCGGCGGGCGCGGGCGCCUCGCCAGAAGCAUUGAAAGCCGCCGCGCGGAGAACGGGCGGCCUCGCGGAUGCCGUCGUCGCCGUGCGCGCCGGCCCGCCGUCGUUCUUCAAGGCUAAAGCGCCUAAUCAGGCCGUCGCGCGGUCGCGGGCCGCCGCGGACGUCCGCGCGAGCCUCCGCGCGCUCGGCCGGGCGCGCUCGGACCGGGCGAAGGUCGACGGCAUCGCGGCGCUGGUGCGCAUCUGCGUGGAAAUCACAUUUCAGGCGCCCCACGCCAUCGACGCGAUGUCUUCCCCGUGACUGCGUCUGCUCGAUGGCGUCAGUGGUUGAUUUCCACACAGGUCCGGAUGACGCGGGGCCACGAGGCGAAGUGGCUCGUCAAGACGCUGCCGCCGGCGAUGCAGGGUGUGGGGAUCUCCCUGGAAGCCACAGUGCUGCCGUGCCUGGGCCGGGCCGCUCUCGUGCGCUGCAAGGGCCCACGUGUUGCGAAGACCGACCUCCAACGGGCCGGCAAGAGCAUCCGUGAGGCCUACGCGCGGCGCGGCGACGUCGAGGUCGUCGCGGACGCCGUGCUCGGCGUUAUUCGUGGUGGUGAAUCAGAUUUCCACGGCGCGCUCGUCGAGGCGCUCGGCCGCGCGUGCUGCCUCGCGCCCGGCGUGCCGCCGGCGCCCAUGCUCGCGAACCCCGCGAAUUCUGUGAAAGAUGCCGUCGCUCGCCUCUUGAAAUACAAGAAAGGAACGACGGUCAUCGGGCGAUACCCGGCCAUCGCCGUCGAGCGCAAGUACGACGGCCAGCGCGCCGCGAUCCAUCGUACCGCGUCGGGUGAAGUCCGCAUCUUCUCGCGCAAGAACGACGACAUGACGGCCAAGUUCCCGGACGUCGUCGAGUACGUGAACGCCGCAGCGCCGCGUGGCGUCGCGUUUUGCCUCGACGCCGAGAUCGUCCCCGUCGGCGAAGACAACAAGCCGCGCCCGUUUCAGGAGCUCUCUACGCGGAAGCGCGUCGACGUCGCGUCGGCGGUCGUGGACGUACGAGUCAGGGUCGCCAUUUUCGACUUGCUAUGGUUAGGAGCCGAGGACAUCACGUCGCGACCGCUCGUCGAGCGGCGCCGGGCGCUGAAGGCUGCGUUCGGGCCACCGUCGCGAGACGUCUGCUACGCCGACGACGGUUGCGCGGACGUGACCGUUGACGGAGACGACGACGAGGAGACGAUCAUGAGCGCUUUACACGACGCUGUCGAUGCCGGGACCGAAGGACUUAUGCUGAAGCGGCUCGACGCGCCCUACGAGUUCUCGGCGGGCCCUCGCUCCAACGCCUGGGUCAAGCUCAAGAAGGAUUAUUUAGAUGGCUUGGGCGAUAGCUUCGAUCUCGUCGUCAUUGGUGGGUGGCGCGGGCAAGGACGCAAGAACAAGUGGGUCUCGCCGGUCCUGGUCGCUGCGAGAGAUCCGGCGACGGGCGCAUUAGGAAGCGUAUGUCGUGUGAUGAGCGGGCUCACGGACGUAUUUUACCGGGAUUUCACGACGCGGGUGCUAGGCGGCGAGAUCGUGGGCGACCGACGACCGAGCGGCGGCCUGCUCCGCAACGGACCAGCGCCAGGAGUCGUGACCGGCGAGACGUGUCGUUUUUGGUUCGAACCACGGAUCGUCUGGGAGAUCAAGGGCGCGGACCUGUCGCUGUCACCGGUGCACAAGGCCGCCGCGGGCCUCGUGCAUUCACAGCGCGGCAUCUCGCUCCGCUUCCCGCGGUUCCUGCGCGAGCGGCCGGACAAGAGUGUUCGGGACGCGGCCACCUUUGCGGAGGUCGCGGAGCGCUACCGCGCGCAGAGCAAUGUGAGUAAGUAAGAGAAGUGUGAUUACGACAAUUCACAAUAUAUGUACAAGCGCGUCGACCGGCGCAGGAGCUGUGUUGCUCCUACGGGGGGACACGCACGCCAUACGCCGCGGCGUCGCUCAGAUUUUGCGCUUGUGAUUGCGACAAUUCACAGUCUAUGUACAAGUCGCGCCGACCGGCGCAGGAGCUUUGUGGCUCUUACGGUGGCGGCACGACAUCACCAUU